GCUCACUGUCUUGGCGCGAGACUUGUCCGACUUGAGACAUCGGGUUGAAAACAACAUUUUUCUCCUGAAACGGUUUUAACUUAAUAUACUAGCGGUUGUUUAACACACCACCUGGAGGGCAACAACACUGAGCGACCUUAGAGACUGAACCCCUGCACCUUAAGGCUGGCUGAUGGUGUCAGGACAUACUCAGGAUGAACUGUGAACUUUUAGCAACGUGCAGUGCUCUGGGUUACCUGGAAGGAGACACCUAUCACAAGGAGUCUGAUUGUUUGGAGAGUGUGAAAGACUUGAUCCGGUAUUUACGACAUGAAGAUGACACUCGCGAUGUCCGGCAGCAGCUGGGCGCAGGACAGAUUGUACAGAAUGAUCUUCUACCUAUUAUCACUCAACAUAGACAAGACAAAGCCUUAUUUGAUGCCUGCAUCAGGCUCAUGGUCAACCUUACUCAACCUGCCAUGCUUUGUUUUGGGAAAGUCCCAGAUGAUCCAGUGUUUAGAUUUCACUUUUUACAAGUAACUUCUCAUUUACAAGCCUACAAAGAGGCAUUUGCAAGUGAAACUGUGUUUGGCAUUUUAAGCGAGACAUUGUAUGACCUUCUGCAACUUGACUGGGAGCAGAGACAGGAAGAAGACAAUCUGCUCAUAGAGAGGAUUUUACUUCUGGUCAGGAAUGUACUUCACAUACCUGCGAACCCCAAUGAAGAGAAGAAAGUGGAUGAUGAUGCCAGUGUCCAUGACAGAGUGCUGUGGGCGCUUCACAUGAGCGGUUUUGAUGACUUGGUCAAGUUCUUGGCGUCGGCCCAGAGUGAGCAGCAGUGGAGUAUGCAUGUGUUGGAAAUAAUCUCCCUCAUGUUCAGAGACCAGACACCAGAAGCUUUGGUGAGCGCCGGUCAUGCUCGUUCAGCAGAAGAGAAGCAGAGGGACUCUCAGGAACUGGAAUCACUGAGGCAGAAAGAGCAUGCAGAGAAACGUUCCCGCACAUUACAGAGAGGCACCAGGCACUCUCGCUUUGGAGGAUCUUAUGUUAUUCAAGGCCUCAAGGCAAUAGGGGACAAAGAUGUGAUCUAUCACAGAAAUCUUCAGAAUUUCAAGAAUUACACUCAUGAUAUGGGCAAAGCAGUGAGAUGUGUUCCGAAGAGGAAUCGAAAGGCCCAGGAGUGUAAGGACAAACGCCGCUCAGCCUUAAAUGUUCGACUCUUCCUUCGAGAGUUUUGUGUGGACUUCUUGGACAACUGCUACAAUCGACUCAUGUACCUUGUUAAGGAAAAUCUGAUUCGAGAGCAGUCGCAGCAGCAUGAUGAGACCUAUUACCUCUGGACGCUAAGCUUUUUCAUGGCUUUCAACCGUGGCAACGGUUUCCGUGCAGAUUUAGUUUCUGAGACCAUGACGAUCCGUGCUUUUCAUUUUAUUGAGCGCAACAUUACCAACUACUAUGAGAUGCUGCUCACAGACCGCAAAGAGGCCACAUCCUGGUCUCGCAGAAUGCACUUGGCACUAAAGGCAUAUCAAGAGCUGCUGCUAACUGUGAAUGAGAUGGACCGAUCACAAGAUGAAACCAUCCGUCAGAGUUCCAGUGUUAUUAAAAGUAAUGUAUUCUACCUGAUGGAGUACAGGGAGAUUUUCCUGACCUUGCUCAGGAAGUAUGAUGAAACCAGGCAGCCUCACUCUUACCUCAAAGACCUGGUGGAGUCAACUCAUCUCUUCUUACGCAUGUUGGAACGUUUUUGUAAAGGUCGCAAAAAUUUGAUGGUGCAGAGGAAGAACGUGAAGCGGAAAAAGUCUCAAGGUAAGAAACAACAGUCAGCAGCAGAAACUAGCCCAGAAGCCCUGGAGGAGACCUGGAAGACUGUGGAGGAAGAGUUGAAGGCUGCAGGAUUUCAGUUGUCAGAAUCUUUAACCGAAAGCAUUGUGCCAUUUGAUGCCACGUCUGAAACUCCUCUUGAGGAGCAGCGUACUGAAGCUAUGGUGCGAGUACAAGAUGCUCUGCUGGCUCGACUUGGACCUGAAGCAUUGGGGCUGCUGCGUGCUGCCAGAGAGGUCUGGCCGGAGGGAGAUGUGUUUGGUUCAGCUGAUGUGGAACCUGAAGAGGAACUGGAACUCCUCAAGCAGAUCCUUCAUGCCAACCUGCCAAGACCUUCUCCUCCUGAUACUGGGGUAGAGGAGGAUGAAGAUGGGGCAGAGUUAGAAGAGGAAGAAUUGGAGUCUGUCCAGGUUUCUGAAACAGAGUUUAACUUUCUAGACUUCAUUAAGAGGUUUGCCAACCCCAGCAUUGUGCGUCCAUACCUUCUUCUAUUAAAAUCAUACUCAAAAAACACACCACACACAAACCAUUGCAUUGCUCGAAUGCUGCACCGCUUGGCAGUUGAUCUCAAAAUGGACGCCCUGCUUUUCCAGCUGUCUGUCUUCCACCUCUUCAACAAAAUCCUCAGUGACCCCGCAGCAGCUGCUUACAAGGAACUAGUGACCUUUGCCAAGUAUGUGCUGAACCGUUUCUUUUCCCUGACAGCACAAAACAACAAGGCAUAUGUUGAACUGCUGUUCUGGAAAAAUGUCGGGGCUGUGCGUGAGAUGACGGAGGGCUACAGCAAAGAUGGAGAGGGACAGAAACCAACGUGGACUGAAGAGGAGGAAGAGGAGCUGCGUAAACUCUACGAGGAGCACCGCGAUUCUGAAGUGCCAGACAUAGUGGAGACUCUGCUGCCAUUACUAAGCAACAGCAACCGAAAUCGGCGGCAGGUCGUGACACAACUGGUGCGCAUGGGUCUGGUGGACAACGCUAAAGAACUGAAGAAGCCAAAGAAAGGUACUCGAAUUGUUCUGUGGACCGAGGAACAGGAAGAGGAGCUACAGAUGCUCUUUGAGGAAUACAGAGACUCUGAUGAUGUUCUGGGUAACAUCCUGAAGAAACUCACAGCCAAGAGGUCCCGUGCACGUGUGGUGGACAAGCUGCUCAGUAUGGGUUUGGUGUCUGAGAGACGAGAACUUUAUAAGAAGAGAAGCCGCAGUGCUCAAGGAAAGAGCUCUGGGAAAGGAAUGACUGAAGAAGAGUUCUUAGCCGAACUAACACAAGGUUUCCCAGAUGAUUCUGUGGACAGAGAUGAUGAAGAUGAGAGGGAGGAUGAGUCUGAAGAGAGUGAGGAAGAGGAUGAUGAAGAAGAGGAGAGAGAAAGAUCACAAAAUGGUGGAAGGAGGAGCCAAAGCAUGAACUCCCCAGUAGAGAGAAGAGCUGAUGUGGGCACCAUGGUGUAUGCUUUACACCAGGCAGGCAUGUCUGGACCCUUGCUGUGGCUGCAGAAUUGUUUAAACAAAACAGCAAUUGAUCGUGAAAACGAUGGGUUGUCCCAGCCUGUUCCACUCUUUCCUGUGACGGAGGCGAGUGAAGAUGCUAUGGAGAACAAAAGCUUCCUGAGGUUGUUGCGCAAACUGGGAAUGCGAGCACCUGCAGAUGAACAGGAGUGCUUCUGGAGGAUUCCAGCAAAGAUCAGUGCUUCUCAGCUCCGAAGUACAGCUGCAGCUCUUAGUCCAAGAGAGGACGAGCCUGGUGAGGAGCAGAACGGGUCCAUGAGUCCAGCCAGAGAACCUCAGCAGGUGGAGGAUGAGGAAGACUCAACUGAACAAAGAGCUCAGGCUCUCAGAGCUCUGCUACUCGCACGCACGAGGAAACGCCACACCUCUGAGGAUACAGCUCCUGUGUCAGCUGCCACUCCUGCUGAUGACACCGACACUGUAAUUGAGAGGUCCCAGGAGAAGACUUCUACCAAAAGAAGCAGAAGCAGGGUUUUGGAUGAUGAUGAGGAGGAGAAUGAGGAUGACUCCACUGUGAUGGAUAUGGAUGCAAAUGGUGAUGAUGAUUCAGACAGGGAGGAUAUCUCUGCUCCGGUAAAGCGAAGACGGAAGAUGGUCUUAAUCGAUGAAGAGGAAGAUGAGGAUUAGUGACAUACUUUAAUGGACCGUAAAAACUGCAGGCAGGAGGCUCUCUGGAGGUCCUUAGUCCAGGCAGCAGAAACUAUUAAUGGAAUACCAAGCAAUCCAGGGAGGUAGGGUCUUUGUACUGUCCCUGUGGAUACAUAGGUCCUGUUAAGCAUUUUCGCCUUGUCAUCUCUUUUCCUGAACAACUGAUUCUGUGUUUGUGUUGUUAUGGUAAAUAAGUUCUCCCAGUCCUCUUUUUUGCCAGUUCUUUUUCUCUCUGCAUUCCCAACAUGGACAUCAUUGUGUGAUAAACUCCUUUAAUUCAUUUUGGAUGUCAGAAUUGUUGCAUGUGUACAAACACUUUAGACUUUUCACUUAUUUUCAAUGUUGACUCUGGAUUACACAGUAAAAUAUGAGGAUAUUAAUAAAUAAAACAGCACUGUUAUCAGAU